CCCGUUUCCAUUCGUCCCCAACAAACUCAACUCUCUCCACCUCCCUCCGCCCUCCUCGUGCUGCCCAUGGCCGGCCGCGUCCUCCUCCGCGCCGCCGCACUCGGCCUCGCCGCAGCGGGGGCGGGGGCCCUCCACGCCGUCUCCAGGUGGACGCCGCCCAGGGAGAUCUCUCCCUACGUCCCGUCCGUGAGGUUCAUGUUACUGGAGUCCACGCAGGGCCUCCAGGCCGCCCUGCUCGGCGCGCACUCGCUCUACGGCCAGCACCUCCGCGACGUCCGCGCCCGCGCCGAGCACGACCUCGCGCUCGCCGACGUCGACCGCGCCGAGGGCGGCGACCCCGCCGCGGCCGCCGACCUCCGCCUCCUCCUCGCGUUCCUCGCCACCCGCGACGGCCGCGCCGACGACGCCCUGCGCAUCUACGAGGAGGCGGCCCGCGACGCGCCGUUCGACCCUCGCCCCCGCGCCCUCGCCUACCACCUGUGCUGCUUCGACCGGCGACACGACGAGUCGGUGCGGUGGAGCGCGGCCUACCGCCGCCUCGUCCCGGUCAUCGACGGCGCAAGCCAGGUUCCGGGGUUGGAGUCCCACGAGAUGCGGGAGCUCGUCCGCGAGCUGUUCAUCGCGGCGACGAUGGGCGGCGUCUUUAGGAUCCUCCACCCCGGGGACAGGGCCGCCGUCAUGGACGCGGCCUGCGGCGCAGUAGACAAGGGGCUAGUCGCUGCGCUGCAGGACAAGGAGCUGUCAGCGACAGAGAGGCUUCGUCUGCGAGCUCUCCGCGUGUAUCUGCACGCCAAGGUGCUGCUUCUCAUCAACAAGGAGGCGAGGGAAGUGGCCAACGGUGGUGCGGAGGCAUCUCCUGUUUCAUGAUGAGGUUGACAUAUAAUUACAGAAGUCGACAGUUCUUGUUUCUCUGAAGUGCCUGAUCGCUCAAGUUACUAUGGAGGCCAUGUUCGUUGUAUCAGCAUUAAGGUUCUAGAUUGUAAGCAGAGAUUUUCAACUAGCAGAUCUGUUAACCAUAGAAGCUAGGUUAUUGUUUCGCAAGAACGUUAGUUCAUGUGCCGCUCGAAUAGAGUUGCCUUCUAUAAGGUCAUAUGCUCGAAGUUGAUUUCAAUUUUUUCAGGCAGUACAAAUUAGUUGCACAAGAGUUUCCUGCAGCUUACUGGUGAUAUCCUCGAAGGUGGCUGUAAUAUUUUCUAGGCAUGUAGCCCUUAUUCACUGUGCCUUUUAUGUUCUCAGGGAUUAUGAGCCGGCGAUGCAAUUACUUUUUACACAUUGGUACGCAAGCUAUUAUAAGCUCCUAUCUUUGCAUUUA